UGAGAAAGGAGGAGUCAGGCCACUUCCUCUCUGUGAGCUGCUGCGGGUUUGCACGCAGUCCCCAUGAAGGAAUGCUCGCUAUUUCAGGGCAGUGAAGUCGAUUUUCUGACGAGUCUCGUGAGUGCUGUGAUGAAGAGCCGGUGAACCGGGACAAGGAGCUGCCCGCCGGUGAUGAUGAGUCUCGCGCUAAGUCGACGGAGCGGAAGUUGUUCAGGGAGCGCGCGGUGUUUUUGCUUAGCGGCCCGUUAACGGAGCACAUACACCGUCAUGGGCCAAACAUCAGUGUCCAGCUUGUCUCACGGAACCGGCGUGGAGGGACUGGAAAAAUCUUCUCUGGCCAACUGCGAUGUGGUAGUCGGAGGUUCCCAGUCCACUCAGCUGAAAGGGAAGGGGAAACUGUCGUCUCUAGGUAAAAUCUUCAAACCCUGGAAGUGGAGGAAGAAAAGAACCAGCGACAAGUUUCAGGAUCUCUCCAAAGUUUUAGAGAGAAAAAUCUCCACCAGACAAACCCGUGAGGAGCUCAUCAAGAAAGGGGUUCUUAUUCCAGAUCAAGAGGAUGCAGUGAGCACAGAGACUCUAAACGGACAUGCAGUUCCCAGUGGAGUUACAGAAGAGGUCAAAGUGGACAUCGAGUCCCCAGAAACUCCCGCUGAGGAGAAGACUGUGAUUACGCCAGAGGCUGAUGACACUGAAGAGUGCUCUGGUCCCGUCUCUGCUCCUGUACAAAAGAAAGAAAACACAUGCAGCGCACAGGCCGGCGCGUCUGGAACUCAAAGACCCGCUGCUAAAAAACAGCAGGCCGCAUCCAGCAAGGCCUCGAGCGGGGCGGCAGGCGCAGGGGUGAGGAAGGAUGCCAAGACAGGGGUUAAAAAGGUACAGAAGGGCACUAGUAAACAGGCUUCCGCUCCUCCACCCAAACAAAAUACACGAACCACAGCUCGUGGGAACGCUAAAUCCACCACUCCAAAGAAAACUGCUGGCUCGGCUAAAAGUUCCUCUCAGGCCUCGUCGACCGCCGGUGGGAAGAACGUCAAAGAUGGCACCUCUGAACUGACUCCAGCAGAUAGUAAGACUGGAAAGAAAGCCAGAUCACCUCAACCCCGCCCCAAAGCCUCGGCUGGAUCCGAAAACUCAGCCGAGGGCAACUCUUCCGCUAAAGACCAAAGGCAUAGUCGUCUGGCCCCCGGUGCUGAUGGGAAGGCCGAUAAGGAGACGUCUCAGGUCGGAGAAGAUGCUAAGAAACAGUCUGAAUCGCCCAACGGAAGUCAUCCGCACGAAAACAAUGCUACAGAAGAAACGGCAUUUACAGUAAGCCCACUUUCCUCAGACACACCAGGAGAGAACCAGAGCGCAGAGAAAGCAAGCAAGGACACGAGGACUGGAGCAGAUGGAGACAAACAAACUGAUGGAAGCAGGAAACCGCAGGGUGUCAAUGUCGAAAGUCCAGAAGUGUCCGUUAUCCCUAAUACCCUCAGAGAAACGGCGGCUAGUGACUCUGACUCAGACGGGCCCAUACUCUAUAAAGACGAGGAAGAGGAGGAUGAAGAGGACGAGUACACCUCCAGCUCCCUUGCCAGUAAAAUCCGCCGCAGAGACACGCUUGCCAUCAAACUCGGCAACAGGCCCAGCAAGAAAGAGCUGGAAGAGAAGAAUAUCCUUCCAAGGACGUCAGAGACGGAGAGACAGGAACAGCGGCAGCUGAUAGGCUGUAAAUUAGUGAGGCGACUCAGCCAGAGGCCCACCACUGAAGAGCUGGAGCAGAGGAACAUCCUGAAACAGAAAAACGAGGAAGAGGAGCAAGAAGCCAAGCAAGAAAUUAAAAGACGGCUUUCUCGGAAGCUGAGUCUCCGGCCCACAGUCGCCGAGUUAGUAGCACGAAGGAUCUUGCGUUUCAACGAGUACGUUGAAGUGACUGAAGCGAAAGACUACGAUCGGCGUGCUGACAAGCCCUGGACCAGGCUGACACCUGCAGACAAAGCUGCUAUACGCAAGGAGCUUAACGAGUUUAAAAGCAAAGAGAUGGAAGUACACGAAGAGAGCAAACAAUUUACCAGGUUCCAUCGUCCCUGAGAGGCUGGAAUGGUGCCCACACCACACACAUACACACACACACACACACUCUCUCUCUCUGUCUCUCUCUCUCUCUCUUCCGGUUCCUUCACUUCAUUUUCCACUGCGGGGCUCACAGUCCAGCUCCAUGUCACACACUGACACAUUUCGGUCAUCGUGUCUCUAAACAUCAUGUAAUACUCGGGUGAAGCAGAGGACAGCCGAAACGCCAGUGAGAGAGAUGUCUGUGCGAGAGCAAACAUGAACAGGUGCCUUGCUCUGUCCCUGGCUUUGUUUGCACACACUAAGGACAUGAAGAAUUUUUUUUUUUUUUGUCUCCUUUUCCCAGUAUGCCUCAGGACAUACAGUGACCUAUACUUCUGGACACAUCAUUCUGUAAGAUUUCGUGCUGAGGAUGUGGAUUUUUUUUUUUUUUUUUUUUAAAACAUGACUGAUUUUAUAAGUGUUACAGCGUGAAGGCCCAUAUUACUUGUGAAUAUUCAUGCAUGUGAAAAAAAUCAUAGUCACCCAUUGUACCAUUUCUAUAAGAAACGUCGAACAGGAAGUCUUUUACAAAAUGACAAAUGUUUAUUCAUGUUAUUAUUAUUAUUAUUAUUAUUAUUAUUAUUAUUAUUAUUAUUAUUAUGAAUGGUAGCAGCUGUAAAGGAAGUCAGAUUUGCUUUGUGCCUUUUCCUAUUGCAUCCAAUAAGCUGCUUCGGGUAUCAGCUCCAUUUGAGCAUAUGUGGUGCAGAUGGUCUUUAGUUUUCAUAGCUUUACAGUCUUAUGGUUGCUGUCUUCAUCGAUUUGGCCUUGGGCAAAACAGGCUGUGUGUCUAAAUGCUGUAUUAACUACAACAGGGCUGAAUCUUCACUCCAUUAUUGCACUUGGACUAUGGGAAAUGCUCAUUCAUUCAACAUGCUGGGUUUACACAGUAGUCACAUUUUUGUAUAUGUAUUUGUUUUUGUUUUUUUUUGUUUGUUUGGUUUUUAAGCAUUCCCUAUGGUUUUCUCCACAAACGGAGCCUCAUCUCAUCAUUUCACUCCUGCACCACCUCCUUCUCAUCGCACCCAACCGGGUGGAAAAACUCCAGAUCUGUUUUGCUGCUGCGAGCAUUGCCAUGUUGCUUUGUAUUGUAAUAUGCAGUGGGAUCAAACUUUUUACAUUAUACUGUUAUAAGAUGAUGUUACCAUAAAUGUACAUGUACGAGAGGCCGGGAGUGUUAUUUUGUCAUUGCAAACAGGUAUCAUGGAGAACUAUUUAAAUUAUUUUUAAUCAGUUGUUGUACAGAAAGUGCAUAUAAUACAUGUGAAUACAUCCAUUAUGCUGGAAA